CCCUGGGUUGAGCAACCCUGCGCUAAAACGGGAUUUUUACUGGGACCGCCGCUCUUAAACAGGAUCGGAGAUGCAGGAAAACUGCAGGAUCCUGUUCUCGCACAUGUGCAGCACCAGCUUCCUUCUGCUCUGGAUCUUCGUCGGUUUCAAUGUGGUGGAGGUGGCGGGGUCCCAGCAAGGGAUCCCUCUGUCAGUCGUAAAGCUUUGGGCUUCUGCAUUUGGUGGAGAAAUUAAAUCUAUUUCUGCUAAAUAUUCCGGAUCCCAGCUGCUGCAAAAGGAGCUCUGGUCCAUUACAGCACCCCGUCCUGGGACCAACUCUAGCUCUGAGACCGGUACUUUGAGCAAAACUAAUAGCAGGAUUAAUCCAAAGAACUCAGCUGCUUGUCCUGGAGCUUGGGAGGAAAGUGCAGUACCCAGAGGAAGUCCCCGCAAAUAUGGGGAAAGUGUGCAAACUGCGUUCAGAAAGAGGCUCAAGGCUCCAAACCCAGUGCCGUCUUGUCCUGAGAAACAUAAGGAAUUUGAAAAGUCAGUCAGAGUGGAAGAGAUUGAUGGAGUGAAAUUGGUCAAAAAUCUGGCCGUGAAGAUGGAGGAAAUGUUCCGGAAGAAAGCUGAGGCCACGAGGCGGCUGGUGGAAGCUGCAGAAGAAGCGCACCAUCAACAUGAGGAUAACCCCGACCUGCAGUAUGAGUACUUCAAUGCUGUGCUGAUCAAUGAAGUGGAUGAGAACGGCAACAACGUGGAGCUGGGAGGGGAGUUCAUCCUGGAACCCAACGACCACUUCAACAACCUGUCAGUCAAUCUGAGUCACAGUGUGGUCCAGGUUCCCACCAACAUGUACAACAAAGAUCCUGACAUAGUCAACGGAGUUUACUGGUCUGAAGCCCUGAACAAAGUGUUUGUAGAAAAUUUCGAGACUGAUCCAACACUUAUCUGGCAGUAUUUCGGGAGUGCCAAAGGUUUCUUCCGGCAGUACCCAGGAGUAAAGUGGCACCCAGAUGAGCAUGGUGUCAUUGGCUUUGACUGCAGAAAUCGAAAGUGGUACAUCCAGGCAGCGACCUCUCCCAAGGAUGUGGUGAUCUUAGUUGAUGUCAGUGGAAGCAUGAAGGGGCUGAGACUUACCAUCGCCAGACAGACAGUUUCCUCUAUAUUAGACACACUGGGGGACGACGACUUCUUCAACAUUAUCGCAUACAAUCAGGAGAUCCACUUCGUGGAGCCUUGUCUGAAUGGUACGCUGGUCCGGGCCGACAGAACCAACAAGGAUCAUUUUCGUGAACAUCUGGACAAGUUGUUUGCCAAAGGGAUCGGGCUGCUGGGUGAAGCUCUGACCGAAGCAUUCACAAUCCUGAAUGAUUUUAAUCAGACUGGACGUGGCAGCGUGUGCAGCCAGGCCAUCAUGCUUGUGACCGACGGAGCAACGGCAAUGUAUGAUGAUGUCUUUGAGAAGUACAACUGGCCAGAAAGAAAAGUGCGCAUAUUCCCCUACCUGAUUGGACGAGAGUCUGCGUUUGCUGAUAACCUCAAAUGGAUGGCUUGUGCCAACAAAGGAUAUUUUAGUCAAAUUUCCACUUUAGCUGAUGUCCAAGAGAACGUGAUGCGGUAUCUUCAUGUCAUGAGUCGCCCAAAGGUUAUUGAUCAUGAGCACGACACAGUGUGGACUGAAGCUUAUGUGGACAGUGCUCUUUCUCAGGCUCACAAGCUCAACGCCAAAUCCGGUCUGUCUCUGACGACGACAGUAGCCAUGCCCGUCUUUAGCACAAAGAAUGAAACGAAGAACCAGGGUAUUCUGUUGGGGGUUGUAGGAACAGACAUCCCUCUGCAGGAGCUGAUGAAGCUCAUCCCGAAGCAUAUGCUCGGGAUCCACGGUUACGCGUUCGCCAUCACAAACAAUGGCUACAUCCUGACACAUCCGGACCUCCGGCCUUUGUACCAAGAGAGUCAGAAAAGGAGGAAGCCCAACUACAGCAGCGUGGAUCUCUCUGAGGUGGAGUGGGAAGACAAAGAUGACAUUCUGCGCAACGCUAUGGUGAACAGGAAAACAGGGACGUUCUCCAUGGAGGUGAAGAAGACUGUAGACAGAGGGAGGCGUGUUCUUAAGAUGCACAAUGACUAUUACUACACAGACAUCAAAGGAACUCCAUUCAGUGUUGGAGUGGCUCUCUCAAGAGGUCAUGGGAAGUACUUCUUCAGAGGAAAUGUAUCACUUGAAGCAGGACUCCGCGAUCUGGAGCAGCCAGAUGUCGCCCUCGCAGAUGAAUGGACCUACUGCAACACGGAGGAAAAGCAUGAGCACCGUCACCUGAGCCAGAUUGAGGUUAUUAAGCUCUUCAUGACGGGGCGAAGACCGCAGCUCAAAUGCGACAGAGAGCUGAUCCAGGAGGUUUUGUUCGAUGCUGUGGUCACCGCUCCACUGAAGGCCUACUGGAUGGGACUGGCUCAAAACAAGUCUGAGAACUCAGACAAAGGAGUGGAGAUUGCGUUCCUGGGCACGCGUACUGGUCUGUCGAGGAUCCGCGUGUUUGUGCCCACCGAGCAGCUCUCCAAUCAAGAUUUCCUGACAGCGGAGGACAAGGAGGGAGUGUUUAACGCUGAUCACUUCCCUCUGUGGUACAAGCGAGCAGCAGAGCAGGUCCCCGGCACAUUUGUCUACUCCAUCCCCUUCAGCACAGCUCUAGAAAACAAGAGUGUGGUUUUGGCCAGCACUGCAAUUCAGCUCCUCGAUGACAGAAAGUCUCCAAUUGUUGCUGCGUUAGGGAUCCAGAUGAAGCUCGAGUUCUUUCAGAGGAAGUUCUGGACUGCAUGCAGACAAUGUACAGCCCUGGAUGGAAAAUGUAGCAUAAGCUGUGAUAACGAGGACAUUAACUGUUACCUCAUUGACAACAAUGGCUUCAUUCUUGUCACAGAAGAGCAGUCUCAGACAGGGCUGUUCUUUGGAGAGGUGGAGGGUGCUGUGAUGAACAAACUUCUCCAAAUGGGCUCAUUCAAAAGGAUCACCCUGUAUGACUACCAGGCUCUUUGCAAAGAGUACUCCGGGAGCAGCGACAGCGCACGCACUUUGUCAGAUCCUUUUUCGAUGGUUAAGUGGCUCCUGACCGAACUCGUCAUUUUUCUGCUGGAAUUCAACUUGUACAGCUGGUGGAAUGUCGAUGUCUCAGUCAAAGCCCAGAGAUCUCGGGGUAAAACAAUGAUGGUGCCAUGCGAUACAGAAUACCCUGCUUUCGUGUCGGAGCGCACCAUUAAAGAAACAACAGGCAACAUUGACUGUGAUGACUGCGUCAGAUCCUUUGUCAUACAGCAGAUUCCCAGCAGCAACCUCUUCAUGGUUGUCGUGGACAAUAAGUGUGACUGCAGCAGUAUUCCUCCAGUAACCAUGGAUCCCAUCGAGAUCAUGUACAACGAGUCACUUAAAUGUGACAGACUGAAGUUUCAGAAGGACAGAAAGAAGCCAGAAUCGUGUCAUCCUUUCCACCCUGAGGAAAAUGCCAUGGAGUGUGGUUCAGCAGCUCGGCUCUCCAGCCCUCCAGCAGCAGCGCUGCUGCUUCUGAUUGCAGCAACCAUCAGCAGGUGACCGUGAGCUGCACCGCUGGACAACAACCAGAAACCAUGCAACAAGAAAAUGCUUAGAAACUCAUAGAGAACAUGUCCAAUCAGAGAUUAACUUGCUUACACCUCUGCAGUAGACAUUACUGUACUAAGAAGACGUUUUUAUCAGUAGUACUGAGACUCACAUCUACUAAUGCAGAAAAUAAGAUAUUAGGAUGAUAAAGAGGGGGAUUGGUGCUCGGUGCACUGCAGAUUAUUCCACUGAUGGCUUGUCACAUUGAUCUGAAUGUGUCCUGAAUUAUGUCUAAAGUCUCAAGUCUAAAAAGGUGAAUUUUGCAAAUGAUCAUAGUAAGACAUUACAUUUUAUUUAUUUUAUUUAUUUUGUGAGAGGGAAAAAAUGAACGAAUGUGAAAUGCAGUGAAUUAUGAAAAGAAUGAUAUGUGUGUCAGUAAAUAAAAAAACAACAGUGUUAUUUCCUGAAAUAUUUUAAGUUGAUUUUGUAACUUGAUUCUUUUCAUGCCAGUAAAGGGUUGUUCACACAGAAAAGUACUGACGGUGGAGAAGUUGAAUGUUCUUAUGUGCCGGUUUCUCUUCAGUUUAAAGAAGACGUUUGAGAAAAGCUAAAGAUGCAUGAUUAAGAUUCAGCAGUGUUUUUGAAGAAUGUCACAUCGAUGUAUGCAGCUAUAAUUUGUCAAAAUGUCCUCGUACUCUCAUGUGUAGAAAUGCUGAUAAAUAAACA